AUGGCGGUGUACGCGGUGGUUUCAAUUUCCGGCGGGGACAAAAUGUCGAAGCAGACUACGAAGACGCCGGUGGAUAGAGACGGCGACACCAACCCCACAUGGAAUUUCCCUAUGAAGUUCAAGUUGGAUGAGGCGGCGCUCCGGCAGAACCUCCUAACUCUUGAUUUCAAGCUUGUUUGCGAGCGUGCGUUAGGCAAUAAAGAUAUUGGUGAAGUCCAUGUACCCAUCAAACAGCUUCUUGAUUCUCCGACCACCGGCGCCGUCGGUAAUUAUGGAACCCAGCAGCGAUUGGUUAGUUAUCAAGUGAGGAAACCUAGUGGACAACCUAAAGGUCAAAUAACCUUUUCAUACAAGUUUGUUGAUAAGGUUGCGCCGCCACUACCGGUUCCUGGCGCGGCUAAACUUGAUGAGGAACCUGUUACCGCAUAUCCGGCGGUAGGGCCCAGAUUUGCGUAUCCAUCUCCAUCUCCAGGAGGAGUAUAUCCUCCUUAUCCAGUUGACCAUGGAACAGGGCAGUAUCCACCACCACCUGGAGGAUAUCCUCCACUGCAGCCUCCAGCGGGGUAUGUAUACCCACCUCUACCGUCUUAUGGUGGGUACCCACCGCCACCACCGCCAGGAUAUGGAUAUCCACCCCAACCCGGGUACGGAUAUCCAGCUGUGCAAAGGCCACCAAAGAAGAACAAUUUCGGUUUAGGAGUAGGAGCUGGAUUAUUAGGUGGAUUCUUGGUAGGCGAUAUGAUUUCUGAUGUCGGAGAUUUUGGUUUUGAUGGUGGAUUUGAUUUUUGA